GAGUUCUGAGCUGAGAGAAAGAGAUCGGAGAGAGUAGCUAGCUAACUACGAAAGUUGAGUUCAACAAUUGUCGCUGAGAAAGAGAGAGGAAAAGCGCACGCGAAGGAAGAGAUAGCUCGCAAGUUGCAAUAAUGGAGGUGAUAGUGAGUGCUGAUGCUGUUAGUGCUGAGAACAACAACGAGGCGAAUCAUCGUCGUAAUGAAAAGGAGGAGAAGAAGAUCGUUCGCAUUCAGGUUUCCAAAACCAAGAAACGCCUCGAUUUCUACCUCAACCUUUCUAAGAGGUAUAUAAAGCAGAACAAUGACGUCGCUCUCUGCGCGCUCGGCAUGGCUAUUCCAACUGCUAUACUCAUCUCUGAAAUUCUGAAACGCAAUGGGUGGGCAACUGAGAAAAAUUUAGCGAUAGCCACUGUUGCCGCUAAAGUCAAGGAAGGCCGGGCGAUUCACAAGCCUAAGAUUGAGAUUGUUCUGGGUAAGGAUAAUGAAGUUGACGGAAGCACUGUUGCUGAGACAUUGGAGAAUGGUGCUGAGAAUAAGGCGUAAAAGUAGUGUCGUGCAUGAUGAUGCUUCUCCGCAUCUUCUGUAUACAAUGGAGUUAGAACCUGUAUAUGUUCGUUCGUUCAUUCUGUUAAUCUUUUUCUUUCUUUCUUCGGGGAUGAGUAGGUGAUAAAAUGCAAAGUGUACUCUACCCACACUUUCAGAUCUUUCAAUGAUACUUCAUACUAUUACUGAAUCACAAUGAAAUGAAAUGCGCGCUAGUU